UGCCGCAGCCUCAGCUCUGUUCCGUCCUUCGCCGUCGCUGGGGACUGAACUCUGGGGCCGGGCUCCACCACCUCCGUGAGCGAGCAAGCCAGCCCAUUGGUUGGACCUCAGGCGAAGGAGCCAAUCGGCGGCGCCGCUGCUUCCUCGCCCCUCCCUGGGAGAACAGCUCUGCCGUGGCCCCAGAGGAGGAGGUGGGCAUGGCGCCCAUGCUCCAGACCACGUGGACCCACCUGAAACCCAUGACGUUCAGAGACGUGGCUGUGACCUUCAGCCCGGAGGAGUGGGGGCAUCUGGAGCCCUCCCAGAAGGAGCUUUACCGCCAAGUGAUGCUGGAGAACUAUGAGAACCUGGUCUGCCUGGGACUUGCCCUUUCCAAGCCUGACCUGAUUGAGCAGCUGGAACGAGGGGAAGCCCCUUGGAGGCCAGAGGAAGAUGUCCCAGGAAGCAGCUGUGCAGGUCAGCCUAGGCCCGAAGCCAAACAGUCAUCUCCACAAUGGGGUCUUUAUGUGGAAGAAUCAUUUCAGAAACCACUCCCUGGGUAUAGUCCCUCUGUUUCCACCUUGGGAGAAAAUUGGGAAAAUGAAGCCAGAUUAAAGAGAGAGCAGAAGGAUGAAAAGCAACAUACUAGACAAAAAAACAUCACUCAAAGCAAACCUUCCAAUGAAGCAAGAAUCCAUAAAUAUAAAUAUGGCGAAAGCAUCAGUCCUUGGCCAGGCCUAUAUCCACAACAAAGAGAACUUGUAGGAAACAGUCUCCAUAAGUGGGAUACACAUAAAAAGAAUUUCAGGCUAUAUUCAGCCCUAAAAAAAUGUAACAGAAUAUGUGCAAAGAAAAGAUUUUCUAAAUUUAAAGAAUAUGAGGAAUCCUUAAGUGAUAAUUCAGACCUUAUGGAAAAUCAUAGAAUAUGUAAUGGAGAAAAGACUUAUGUAUGUAAUGAAUAUGGGAAGGGCUUCUUUCAGAGGAUAUGUCUUAUUCAGCAUAAGAGAAGUCAUACUGGAGAGAGACCUUUUGAGUGUGAUCAAUGUGGGAAGUCUUUUCACCAAAGUGGACAUCUUAUUCAACAUUAUUCAAUUCAUACAGGUGAAAAACCUUAUGAAUGUAAUGAAUGUUUUAAGGUUUUUCGCCUGAGCACAGGGCUUAUUGAACACCAGAGAAUUCAUACUGGAGAGAAACCUUAUGAAUGUAAUGAAUGUGGGAAGACCUUCCGUCAUGGUUCACAUCUCAUUCAACAUCAGAGAAUUCAUACUGGAGAGAAGCCUUAUGAAUGUAAUGAAUGUGGAAAAGCCUUCCGCAAUAGCUCAUAUCUUACUCGACAUCAGAUGAUUCAUACUGGAAAGAGACCUUAUCAAUGUCAUGAAUGUGGAAAGGCCUUUCGAGACAGCUCACAGCUUACUCAACAUCAGAGAAUUCAUACUGGGGAGAAACCAUAUAAAUGUAAUGAGUGUGGGAAGGCCUUCCACCAUAGUACACAACUUAUUGCACAUCAGACUGUUCAUACUGGCGAGAAGCCUUAUCAAUGUAAUGAAUGUGGGAAGGCUUUCCGCCAGAGUUCACAACUUACAGUUCAUCAGAGAAUUCACACUGGAGAGAAACCUUAUCAAUGUAAUGAGUGUGGUAAGGCUUUCCGCCUGAGCGCAGGCCUUAGUGAACAUCAGAGAAUUCAUACUGGAGAAAAACCUUAUAAAUGUAAUGAAUGUGGAAAGGCUUUCCGCUUGGGCACAGGGCUUAGUGAGCAUCAGAAAAUUCAUACUGGAGAAAAACCUUAUGAAUGUAGCGAAUGUGGAAAGGCCUUCUGCCAUAGCUCACAACUUACUCUACACCAGAGAAUUCACACUGGAGAGAAACCUUAUGAAUGUAAGGAAUGUGGAAAGACCUUCCGUCAAAGCACACAACUUACUGUACAUCAGAAAAUUCAUAGUGGAGAGAAACCUUAUAAGUGUAAUGAAUGUGGGAAGACUUUUCGCCUGAACACACAACUUACCGUACAUCAGACAAUUCAUAGUGGGGAGAAACCUUAUAAAUGUAAUGAAUGUGGAAAAGCCUUCCGGCGGAGCACAGGACUUAGUGAACAUCAGAGAAUCCACACUGGAGAAAAACCUUAUAAAUGUAAUGAAUGUGGGAAGGCCUUCCGGCUGGGCACAAAACUUAGUGAACAUCAGAGAAUUCAUACUGGAGAGAAACCUUAUGAAUGUAAUGAAUGUGGGAAGGCCUUUAGGCAGAGCAUACAACUUACUCUACAUCAGAGAAUUCAUACUGGGGAAAAACCUUAUGAAUGUAGUGAAUGUGGAAAGACCUUCCGCCAGAGCACACAACUGACAGUACAUCAGAAGACUCAUACUGGAGAGAAGCCUUAUGUAUGUAAUGAAUGUGGGAAGACUUUUCGCCUGAGCACACAACUUACUGUACACCAGACUAUUCAUAGUGGAGAGAAACCUUAUACAUGUAGUGAAUGUGGGAAGGCCUUCCUCCACAGCUCAUACCUUAUUCGACAUCAGAUGAUUCACACUGGAAAGAAACCUUAUGGAUGCAAUGAAUGUGGGAAGACCUUCAGGCAGAGCAUACAGCUUACUCGACAUCAGCGAAUUCAUACUGGAGAGAAACCUUAUAAAUGUAGUGAAUGUGACAAGGCCUUCUGCCAGAGCUCACAGCUUACUCGACAUCAGAAAAUUCAUACUGGAGAGAAACCUUAUGAAUGUAAUUAGUGUGGGAAGGCUUAAUCUACAUCAUAAAAUUCAUACUAGAGAGAAACCUUUUGAAUAUAAUGAAUGUGACAGGGCUUUGUAAGAGACUAGAGACCUUUUUGGAUAUCAGAAAAUCCAUCCUUGAGCAGAAUCUUGUGAUUUAAUGAAUGUAGCAAAGCCUGCCUUUAAACAUGAUUUGUUCAUUAUUGGGGAAUUGAUAAUGGAGAAAAACUUUAUGAAUGUAAUGAUUGAGGAAAUACUUUCCUGCAGAGUAAAUGCCUUUCUCAUCAUCAGUUCAUACUAGUGAAAAAAUCCUUAUGCAUAUAACGAAGGUGAAGAAAAAGCCUCAUCCCAAACAAAUAACUUAUUGAUCUUGAGGCAGUGCCAACUGAAGAAAGGAUUGAUUAUUAGGAUUUCCAUAGUUUUGCAAUUGUAAAGAAACUUAAAGGUCAUCUAGUCACAAGCACAAAAUUUGAGGGUUGGAAGUGAUCUCAAGGCCAUUGUUCCAACUGAGACACUAGGCAUCCCCACUGUAACAUGUUAAAGGUGAUCUUAUAGCCUCUGCUUGAAAGCCUCAGAGGAGGGGGAGCCCACCAUUUCUUGUGGCAGGUCAUUCUUUUGGGUGACACUAAUUAUUACAGCUAUUCAUAAAAUCAAAACUAAAUUUACUCCUUUGCAGCUCCAACUCAUUACUGCUUAUUCAGCCUUUGGCAGCCAAAGAGAACAAGUUUCAUCUCUCUUCCAUAUGAGAGCCAUUCAGAUACUUGAAGACAGUUAUAUCCCCUGAGACAGUCCCAGAAUAAAUAUAAGCCCCCACUUACUUCAAUAGAUGCUCAUGUCAUGGACUCAAGGCCCAUAACCAUCCUGUUGUCUGUCCUUUGAACACUUCCCACCUUGUCAGUAUCCUUUUUAAACUGGUCCCUAGAACUGAACACGAUCCACCAGAUGCAGUCUGAUGACAGAACAAUAGGACUGUCAUCUCCCUUUUUCCUGUAAGCUAUGCCCUUCAACAGAGACCAAGAUCGUAUUAAGUGUUUUGGCUAUUACAUCAUGCUGAUUCAUUGGUCACUACUCAUUCCUACUGAGCUCAAACCCGCAGACUGUUUUCAAACCUAGUGCUUUAGAGCUCAGGGGUUCUUAACUUAAAAAAAAACCAACCUGUGUAUACACACACAC